AUGGCUGCUUUAACAGAACAGCCCGCCCACGAGCCCUUGGCCGCAGACACUUUCGAUGACAGUGACUCGACCUUUUCUGGCACUGACUCAGAGAGCCUCGAAUCGCUUCGAUCUAGCGUCCUACGAUUCCAAGAAGAGAAUGGCCGAACCUACCAUGCGAUGAGUUCCGGAAAAUACAACUUCCCUAACGAUGAAUCCGAGAGUGAACGCCUUGAUCUCCAGCAUAAUCUCUGGCUUUUGACACUCCACGGAGAACUCGGCCUGAACCCCAAGAUUAAAGAAUCCGCUAAACGAGUCUUGGACGCUGGAACUGGAACUGGUCUUUGGGCAAUCGAAUAUGCCGACCUUCACCCCGAGGCACAGGUUAUUGGAGUCGACCUCAGCCCUAUUCAACCAUCGAUGGUCCCCCCGAACUGCGUCUUCGAAAUUGAUGACCUCGAAAAAGAGUGGACUUGGUCUGAACCAUUCGACUUCAUCUUCGCCCGUACAAUGACAGGGUCCUUUGCGGAUACCGAAAAGUUCGUCAACAAUGCUUACGCCAAUCUCGAACCUGGAGGCUACCUGGAGAUGCAAGAUCUCACGUACCCCAUCGCCUGCGACGAUGGAACUCUCCUCCCCGACAGUCCCCUCGUCCGCUCCGGCCAACUAAGCAUCGAGGCCAGCGCCAAAGCAGGACGUGUCAUCGACCUUCCACCAAAGUACAAGAGCUUCUUCGAGAAGGCUGGGUUCACUGAUGUGGUUGAGAAGAAGUUCAAGUGGCCUAUCAAUGAGUGGCCCAAGGACAAGCACCACAAGGAACUGGGCAGAUGGUCGUAUGCAAACAUGAACGAUGGUCUUGAGGGCUUGUUACUCGCUCUCUUCACUAGAUUCCUAGGUUGGAGUGCAGAUGAGGUUCGGGUUCUUUGCUCUGCCAUGAGGAAGCAGCUCCGCGAUAGGAACGUUCAUGCGUACAUUCCUAUCUAUGUCGUUUACGGAAAGAAGCCUCUAGAGGAGCCUGCCUCUAAGGCUCAAGUCGAAGAAUCUUCUUGA